AUGCUGUGCUCUCUUUAACCUUCGCUUUGCUUUGCACGGACACUCUCGCCUGACCUUCGUUUUCGCCUGAAAUCUCCAUCCUUGCAGAGCUCCGACCGUCGCUCCUCCGAUCGAUACGCCCCCGCGAAAUCUCCGAUGUCGAUCUUCGAGUACAACGGGAGCGCCCUGAUCGCCAUGGUGGGCAAGAACUGCUUCGCCAUCGCCAGCGACCGCAGGCUCGGGGUGCAGCUCCAGACCAUCGCCACGGAUUUCCAGAGGAUUUACAAAGUCCACGACAAGCUCUUCCUCGGUCUCUCCGGGCUCGCCACCGAUGCUCAGACUCUGUACCAGAGGCUUGUGUUUAGGCACAAACUGUAUCAGCUUCGGGAAGAGAGGGACAUGAAGCCCGAGACAUUUGCGAGCCUUGUUUCGGCUCUUCUCUACGAGAAAAGAUUUGGCCCUUACUUUUGCCAACCUGUAAUUGCUGGACUGGGAGAUGAAGACAAGCCCUUCAUUUGCACGAUGGAUUCUAUUGGAGCCAAGGAGCUAGCUAAAGAUUUUGUUGUUGCUGGCACUGCCUCAGAAUCUCUUUAUGGUGCCUGCGAGUCAAUGUUCAAGCCUGACAUGGAAGCUGAGGAAUUGUUCGAAACUGUCUCUCAAGCUUUAUUAUCAUCGGUAGACAGGGACUGUCUAAGUGGUUGGGGAGGACAUGUCUAUGUUGUAACACCAACUGAAAUCAAAGAACAAAUUCUGAAGGGGAGAAUGGACUGAUCUUUCUGUGGAGCUGGAAGCUGAUCAUUCAUAGUGUUCCUCAACCACCUGUAGCUUCUGUCAUCCUUUUUCUCGUUUUGUUCCGGAAAAGUGAAUCAAUUGGGGACUGCUCCUUUUUCUUGUUUUGCAUUAUGUAUGCUGAACUAUAUAGAAUUAUGUCUGCAAUUUGAUUGAAAUCUGGAUGCUUAGAUCACAUUCCCUCAUCCCUGUGGCUAUCAGUUAAUGGGAAUUAAAAAUGCGGGUUUUUACCCCUUUUGUAUGGUGAACUAGUUUAACAAUUUCACUUAGUUUGCAUGGUGGUUUAUUUUCCUA